AUGAGACAGUUGUGUGCAGGGGCGCCGCUGGCGGGGGCGGCUGAUGGAUGCGCUGGGGCGCACGCGGCGCUGAGAACGCCGCACGCGGCGCGCGCCGCCGCCCAAUACACGCACGCCGAACCGUCGCGGCAGCCUCACGCUGGGUGGGGUUGGGCGGCGGCAAGACACCAACAAACACAACCCAAUGUGGGAUCAUUCACGCAGCGAAGGAUGCGAAGAUCCCGGUUAUAUACAAGAGAUAGGCUCCUGGACAUCCCGUGCAAGGUGUGCGGUGACCGUAGCUCCGGCAAGCACUACGGCAUCUACAGUUGCGACGGCUGCUCGGGCUUCUUCAAGCGCAGCAUCCACCGCAACCGCGUGUACACGUGCAAGGCGGCGGGCGACCUCAAGGGCCGUUGUCCCAUCGACAAGACCCACCGCAACCAGUGCCGCGCCUGCCGCCUCAGCAAGUGCUUCCAGGCGGCCAUGAACAAGGACGAAGUAGAGUUUCUAAAAGAGGAUAGAUAUGAUUUAUAUCCGCCAAGGAAAGCAUAA